AUGUCUUCCAAAGGACGUGGUAGUUUCCUAAGCUUGCUAGAACAAACAGCCCUAUCCACGGAAUCAUCCAGUGAUGCGUUAUCGGGUAAAUCGGCUAAAGAUAGUGGCUUAGGUUCGAAUUCACCAUUGUCUUUGGGAGAAUAUCGUCGCUUGGGUCGUGGUAAAUUAAUUGAUGAGCUGGCGUCAUCAUGCUCGAAUUUGUCACUGGGCGGUCGUGGACGUAGUAAAUUCCUUGAAGAUACACAAUCGCUAACGGGAUCGUUGAGUGUUGCUGGUGGUGGAGGCAGUAGUGGUGGUGAGGGUAGUAGUGGAGGAGGUGGUGGGAGUGGUAGAGGACGUGCUUUGCUAUUUCAAAAGCUGCAACAAUUCGAGACAACGGGAAUAACAACCACUUCGGAGGAAGUUGAAUUGCCAGAUGUCCAAAGUCAUGCCACCACGGUUACCUCCGAGGAUAAAGACACUGCCGAAACGAUGAGAGAAACCGAUGGAUCGACAUUUUUCAAAAGCGUCAAGAAUACACAUGGCAGCAAGGGACAUCCCGUUAGAUUGGCCUGUAAUUAUAUACGCCUACAUUCCGAUCCCGAUAAGGGGGUAUUUGUGUAUGAGGUACGCUUCACACCGAAUGUGGAUUCGACCAAUUUGCGCAUGAGGUAUUUAAAUGAACAUCGCGAUAAAUUUGGCGGUGUUAAGACUUUUGAUGGUGUCACGCUAUACCUACCCAUUUUGCUGCCCAACAAACUGACCACGUAUGUUUCCAAGAGUGCUGCCGAUAAUUCGGAAAUUGAAAUUCGUGUCAUGUUUAAGCGUAGGGAGACGCUUAAGAACUGCAUUCAUCUUUAUAAUGUCCUGUUCGAUCGUGUUAUGAAGACAUUACAUUAUGUACGCUUCGAUCGGAAACAAUUUGAUCCGACAUCGCCAAAGAUUAUACCACAACAAAAGUUGGAAGUGUGGCCAGGAUAUGUAACGGCUGUGGAUGAAUAUGAAGGUGGCCUUAUGUUGUGUUGCGAUGUCUCGCACAGACUAUUGUGUCAAAAGACGGUGCUCGAUAUGAUGAUUGAUAUACAUCGAAGUAAUCCAAACGGUUUCCAGGAGGCUGUCAAGAAAUCUCUGCUAGGCAGUGUGGUCAUAACUCGGUACAAUAACCGUACCUAUCGUAUUGACGACAUUUGCUUUGACAAGAAUCCCUUGUCCACAUUUCCCACAAAGGAUGGAAAUAUCUCCUACUUCGAUUACUACGUUAAGCAUCACAACAUUAAUAUAAGGGACAAGCAGCAACCCCUGUUGCUGAGCAUAAAGAAACAACGACAUGCCAACAGCGAUCAAAGUGAAGAUAUUGUUUUCUGUUUGGUUCCGGAAAUUUGCUUCCUAACUGGUCUUCGUGAUGAAAUGCGUUCUGAUUUUAGACUGAUGCGUGAAAUUGCCACCUUUACACGUAUUUCACCCAAUCAACGUCUACAGGCUUUGGAAAAGUUUUACACGAACAUAAAUAAGUCGCCCGAGGCUACCCAGAUACUCAAAGAUUGGGGUUUGUCGCUUACACAAUCCUAUGAGACUGUAAAUGGUCGACUCUUUGAAGAGGAGAAAAUCUACUUUGCCCAGAAAUCAUUUGGUGCUGGGGCGAAUGCCGACUUUUCCAAAUAUGCCACCAGUAAUGAGCUGCUAGAUGUGGUCAACAUUACGAAUUGGGUUAUACUCCACUGCAAAAAUGACGACAGAGUGGUUCAGUCUUUCCUAGAUCAUGUAGAGAAAUGUACCCGUGCCUUUGGUAUGAAAGUGCUGAAACCAAAAGUUGUUGUUUUACCCAACGAUCGUGUCGACUCCUUUGUCAAUGGCCUUCGUGAGAAUAUUAAAAAGGAGACACAAAUUGUGGUUUGUAUAUCACCCACAAAUCGUGAGGAUCGUUAUUCGGCCAUUAAGAAAAUAUGCUGUGCCGAAAUGCCUGUACCAUCGCAAGUGAUCAAUGCCCGUACCCUUAGCAAUGAUGCCAAGAAUCGUUCGAUUGUCCAGAAAAUUAUUCUACAAAUGAAUUGCAAAUUGGGAGGUUCCUUGUGGUCGGUGAAAAUUCCAUUCCGCAAGGUAAUGAUUUGUGGCAUCGAUUCAUAUCAUGAUGCUGCGCAGAAGGGCAAUUCCGUAGCAGCUUUUGUGGCCUCACUCAAUGAAACCUAUUCCCGAUGGUACAGCAAGGCAGUUAUACAAACCAAAAGGGAGGAAAUUGUAAGCGGCCUCUGCUCCUCAUUCAUCUCCGCCCUGUCAGCAUAUCACAAAGAGAAUGGUGUUUAUCCCGACAAUGUUAUCAUUUAUCGUGAUGGUGUUGGUGAUGGCCAGUUGUCGCUAUGUGAAAAUUAUGAAAUACCCCAGUUCGAACAGGCCAGCAUGAAGCUGUUGAAACAACCGAUUAAAAUUACCUUUAUUGUUACCCAAAAACGUAUCAAUACCCGUUAUUUCACUGCCAAUGGUAACAUACAAAAUCCUCCACCGGGCACAGUGGUCGAUAUGAAUAUUACCCGAUCCAAUUAUUAUGAUUUCUUUUUGGUAUCCCAAGCGGUACGCCAAGGUACCGUCUCACCCACCCAUUAUGUUGUGCUCCGCGAUGAUGCUGCCUACAGUCCAGAUAUUCUGCAACGUCUAAGCUAUAAACUCUGUUUUAUGUAUUACAAUUGGCCCGGUACCAUACGCAUCCCGGCUUGCUGUCAAUAUGCUCACAAAAUGGCCUAUCUUGUUGGCCAGAAUAUACGUCGAGCUCCAGCCGAAGAGCUUUCGAAUAAAUUAUUCUAUCUAUAA